AUGCCAACGAGAGCUGAGGGUGUAGAGCAAAAUAGUUCUAAGCUUCAGUUAAACUUCUUUAGGUAAGAUCUUAUUUACUUUUCCUUUCUUAAUAUUCCAAAAACAAGAAACUAAUACUAUAUGACAGUGUACUGUUUCAGUAUAGUGGUAUAUUAUCUAGUUUAACAUAGCAAUGAACCAAGUUAACAAUUGUGGUUGAAAAAUUUAAGAUUACUGUUUUUGUUUGUUUCUUGGGAUGUGGGUUUUUGUUUUUGCUAUUAUAUUUUCAUUUAUUUUAACUUCAGCUGCUUAACCUAUCUUUCCCCCUGCUGGAAUCUAGCUUUAUGCACCAUGGACAAGCAAUAGACCUGCUGAGCAAAUGAACCAGCCAAGUGUCCAUUAAAACUUUGCAAGGGUCCCAUCCCUGCUAUGGUUAGUUAAAAUGGUAUGUUGCAGCUCACUUACAUGGUACAAUUUCAUGUUUUUAUCCUUCAAUUUUUUAAAAAAUAAACACUUUAAAGGAAAAUGGUGAACUCUUAGGUAUUCAGAGCAGCUGAAGUCUUAUUGUUAUGAAAAUUGUCUACUGUGUUGUCUGAAGAUACUUAUUAUAGAACUUAAAAUGUAGGAAUAAUUUUACUCAUUGGUUUAUAGCACCCAUUCUUGCGUGAUAGUUGUAUACAAGAAAAUAAUACAUGAGGUGGAAUUUUUAUGACUUGCUAAAUGAAUUGGCUAGGAUGCUAAUUUGUUUUUCUUGCAUAUUUGUUGAAGAUGUGUUAAAUGUCAGGUUCCUUUGCCAUUGUUUGCUAUGUAUUGUUGCAAUUUAAAGAGUAGCAUAUUGUUUAAUUCUGCGAUUGUAGUCAUAGGCAUACCAGCCACAGCUUUUUCAGUGCAAAUAUUUGUCUUUUAAAGUUUGUCUCUGGUACAAUCUGUACACUAAGAGGUCUUGACUUGCCUCAUCUGGAUUAUAGCCAUUUGCUGAAGUUUUCCUGUAGGUGAUACAAAGAAGCAUACAUGAUAAACUUCUUCAGAUACUUUCUUUUUCUUUGGCAGGAAGGUGCCAGCUGCAGGUAA